AUGUUGCUUCGAUACAUGGAAUUUCAACGUGUUUUUAUAGCGCAAGAAUCGAUUUGUGUUAGCUUUGGUGCUGGUAUUUCCAUUGCAUGUAUUGUGGACAUAGGAGCUCAAACGACCACCGUCACUUGUGUGGAAGACGGGAUGUGUAUUCCAGAUUCGAGGGUAUGUCUUCAUUACGGAGGUGACGAUAUAACAACUUUUUUCAUAAGACUUUUACGAAAGAAUAAAUUUCCAUAUGCCGAAAUGGACUUAAAUCGUGUAUACGACUGGAUGCUUGCGGAAGAAAUGAAGGAAAAAUUUUGUACGCUAGAUGAGGCAAAUCUGACAAUACAAUUAAAUGAGUUUUAUGUGAGGGCACCCAAUCAACCAACACUGAAGUAUCAAAUUAGAACGUACGAUGAUUCCAUAAUAGCACCCAUGAAAUUGAUGGAAUUCCCUCAAAGAUUCGCGUCACAUGUGGUAGAUGACAUAACCGAGGGGAUGAUGACAUCUACUGGGCCACCAACAGGACCUGUGGUACAAAAACCAAAGUUGUCCGUUACUACUCAAGUGUCACAAGCCAAACCAUCCUUUCCAUCGCCCUCUCCUCAACAACGUGAUAGUCCUGGUCCGACGACACCUCUCAGACUUGACAAUACGGCGGCGUCAAAUAAUAGAUCUUCCCCUCCAUCUGCUGCUUCAUCGUCAUUGGCACGUAUUCACAAUGCUUUCCUCGUAGACCCGUUAUCGUCCCUUCCGCUUGACGACGCCAUAAUUCAGAGUGUCAAUUCAGCGGCCACCGAAGAGAGAGCAAAAAAGUUUUAUGCGAGUAUACUUGUGGUUGGUGGUGGUGGGCUUAUUCCGGGAAUUCACAAGAUGUUGGAGGAUCGAUUAUCUCAACGGCCCAUACAGGUCGCGGAUAAAUUUGAAGUGCUCGGUUCCCCUCGUGACCUAGAUCCGAGAUUGUUGGCUUGGAAGGGGGGAUCUGUGAUGAGUAAAUUGGAAAUCCUAAACGAAUUGUGGAUAAAUUCUAACGAGUGGGAAGAAUUGGGGGUGAGAUGUCUAAGGGAAAAAGCUCUAUUUGUUUGGUAG